AUGGCAUCUGAUGAGAAGCGUGAACCGGAAAAGAAAAAAACGAUCCGGAAGCGUCGGAAGUACGACGAGAACGCUGUGAGGCAAUGCAUUCUCAGCAUUAAAAACGGGAAAGAAACUAUUUACGGCGCUUCGCUAUCUUUUGGCAUUCCUGAAUCCACCAUCCGGUUCCGGCUCAGUGAUAAAUGGAGCAAGAAGACACGAAAAGGCCCUCAAACAGUGCUGUCGGAAGAGGAGGAGGCAAAGCUUGUGGACUGGAUUAAAGACAUGCAACGAAAAGGUUUUCCUGUCGUGAAAAAUACAUUGUAUUCGAAAAUCAAAUCCUUCUUUGAUUCUACCUCGCGGCCAAAUCCCUUUCGGAAUAAUGCUCCCGGUCGUAAAUGGUUCAACAGUUUCCUCAAGAGACACAAAACCGUCACGUUGCGAACACCAGAAGCAGUUUCCGCAGCUAGCGCUAAGGUUUCCGAGUCCGACAUUCGUGGCUGGUUUGCUCAAGUGACGUCAUAUCUGGAAGAACGAGGUCUUUUGGAAAUCCUUCAGGAUGGAUCGAGGGUUUACAACGGUGACGAGACUUCUUUCUUCCUGCACCCCAAAACCAAAGCAGUGCUGGCUGCUCGUGGGAGCCACAAUGUUUACGAAGUCGAACACGCCAGUAGUCACACGAACAUAACCGUGAUGUUCAGUUUUGGUGCGGACGGCUCUAUUGUGCCACCUAAUAUCAUCUUGCCAAUGCAAAGAAUUCGUGCAGACUUGUUGCGGACUUUUCCACCGGACUGGGGCAUUGGAAAAAGCGCUAAGGGAUGGAUGGAUGCCUCCAAUUUUGAAUUGUACGUUCGGAAGGUUUUUUAUCCUUUUCUUUUGAAGAAAGGAGUAACUUUUCCGGUUAUAUAUUUUGUUGACGGACAUUCGUCACACAUGGCAGCAGAUGUGGCUGAUUUGUGUCUUGAUUUAGGAAUAAUACUUAUAGUAUUAUAUCCUAAUUCCACAAGAAUUACACAACCUGCUGAUGUGGCAAUUUUCAAACCAUUAAAAAACGCUUGGAAGGCAGCAGUUUCCGAGUGGCAGGACAGGAACAACGGAGAAAUGUUCACAUUAAACCACUUCGCGGUGGUUCUCCAGGAGGCUAUGAAGCGUGGAAUCGUGGCAAACAGCAUUAUAAAUGGAUUCAAAGCUUGUGGACUACAGCCGUUUGAUCCCGACAGCAUUGACUACAGCAAGUGCAUUGCAAAGUCCACUACGCCUGCACCUAAUCCGAAUGUAUCUCAGGAGCUGAACCCUCCUAAUGUAACAUCCCCCGAGCACGAAGAAUUACAAAUUGUCGAGAAUAACAGCACACUUUCUUCGUAUAUUAUGGACUCAUACGUCAUUCUAUUCAAGACCAUUGAGCUCGCCUUGGAGGACAUUGGAGAAAAACGUCUGAAUAAGAUAACGAGCUGCGAAGAACUGAGUGAUGACGAGGUUGUUAUCAGAAACCUUUACGAGAAACUCAUUAAACCGUAUCACUCCUCUCUAUCAUUCACCUUAUCGGAAGCUAAGUCCUCAAAUCACCUUUUCGAGUAUGCUGAUGUUAACCAAUCUACUUCCACGCAGGAGCAAAUCCAAGAUCAGCCAGGUACUGUUUGA